AUGUACCUUCUGCCCUCCUUGGAAUACCCCCAGGACUCGAAGAAUUGCUUCUUCUGUGACUCUCAGGACCAGGGAGGCCAUAGCAUUGAGAAUGUGAUUUCCCAGAGGCCAGAACAGCAACAGACCUGGUGGCAAGCGGAGAGUGCUGUUGAGAAUGUCACCAUCCAGCUGGACCUUGAGGGUGCCUUUCACUUUACUCAGCUGAUCAUGACUUUUAAGACUUUCCGCCCAGAAGCGUUGCUCCUCGAGCGUUCAGUGGACUAUGGCCGCUCCUGGCAUGUGUACCGGUACUUUGCUCACAACUGCUCAGGUCUCUUUCCUGGGAUCCCUUCUGUCCCUGGCCAAAAAAGCAGUGACCUCAUCUGUGACCAGCGUUACUCAGACAUGGAGCCUGCUACUGAGGGCAAGGUCACUUUCAAAGUUCUGGAUCCAGAUGUUCUGGAGGAGACCCAAACCAAAGUUCUGGACCCAAACAACCCCAAGAUCCAGGCGCUCUUGCGUGUAACUAACCUCCGUGUCAACUUCUCCAAGCUGCAUAUCCUGGGUGACAGGUCCCAUGGGAGCCUCAGAGGACACCCCUAUUACUACUAUGCCCUCUAUGAACUUGUGGCCCUAGGCAGCAGCCUAUGCCACGGCCAUGCCUCUGAGUGCAGGCCAGCCCCUGGGGCCCCAGCCAACGUGGAAGGCAUGGUGCAUGGCCUUUGUGUCUGCCUCCACCAUACUGCUGGUGCUCACUGUGAGCACUGCCAGGACCUGUACCAAGACCACCCAUGGCGAGCAGCAGAGCCUGGGCAUCCCCACACCUGUCACAAAUGUGAGUGUCAUGGGCAUGCCCGCAGCUGCCACUUUGACAUGGCCCUGUAUCUAGCAUCUGGCAAUGUGAGUGGAGGCGUGUGUGAUGCAUGUCAGCACAAUACAGCCGGGCGCCACUGUGAGCUCUGCCAGCCGAUCUACCGAGAUCUCCAGGAGGAUCUCCAUUCCCCACAUGCCUGCAGGCCUGUGGACUGUCACCCUGUGGGUGCCUUGGAAGGGGGGUUGUGUGAUUCCCACACAGAUGAGACUUGUGGCCUUCUCUCUGGGCAGUGUCGCUGCAAAGCCCAUGUCUGGGGUCAACGCUGUGACUCCUGCCAGCCUGGUCACUAUGGCCUGAGCCCCAACAAGUCAGAGGGCUGCCAGCCCUGCAGGUGUGAUUCCCGAGGACGGGUCCCUGGCCCUCACACCUGUGAUUCCUCCAAUGGUGCCUGUCACUGCAAACGUUUCGUCUUUGGUCGGGACUGUAGCCGUUGUCUGCCUGAGUUCUGGGGUCUGAGCGGUGACUCUCUAGGCUGUCGGCCCUGUGACUGUGACUUUGGAGGCGCUUACAGCAACAGGGAGCACCCUGGCCUAUUUCUCCCCAUUGUAGCCAAACGCCAGCCACCUACCCUGGUUGGCUCUGGCCCCAACUUCGGAGACAGCAUGAUCCUCAGUGUGGCCACCCCCCUGCCAGGCGAAUGCAUUCUAGCCACCAGCUUCCUCAGGGCUGUGGUUCUAUCCGGACCUUUCUGCUUUGAACCAGGGACACUCUACUCCAUAACUCUGCGUCUAUGGCGGACCAGAGGGGUGCGAAGGCCUGCGGGAAGCACCACCCUGCUGGAUUCAAUUGUGCUCGUGCCACAGGUAAGUGAGGUGCCUGGGCUGAGAACCGUGGACCGUGGGGCCCUGGGGCACUUGCAGGAACUCCACAAGGCAGGUUGUAUGCCCUCCAGGCCCAUGCCUGAGGCCUGUGCCCACCUCAUCUGCAGCAUCUCGGCCCUGCUCCAUGGAGGGGCCCUGGCCUGUGAGUGCCACCCCCAGGGUUCACUGAGCACUGAGUGUGUCCCGUUGGGUGGCCAGUGCCCCUGCCAUCCUAACAUCAUUGGUCGCACCUGUGACCACUGCAUGCCGGGGACCUAUGGCUUUGGGCCCGUCGGCUGCAGUGAGUGUCACUGCCACCUCAAGGGAGCCACCAGUGCCAUCUGUAACCCUAUGAACGGCCAGUGCACAUGUCGGGCAGGCCUGGCUGGUUGCCGGUGUGACCGCUGCCUCCCAGGCUGGUGGGGUUUCCCACAGUGCCAGCCAUGUGCAUGCAAUGGGCAUGCUGAAGCAUGCCACCCACUGACAGGGGUCUGCCAGUUCUGCCAUGGGGCUACUGUGGGCUGGCACUGUGAAAGGUGCCUGGAUGGCUACUACGGAGACCCCGCCCUGGGGUCAGGCCAACAAUGUCGGCCCUGUCUCUGCCCUGGACCUCCCGGCUCUGGCCUUUAUCAUGGGAGCUCCUGUCACGUGGACAGUAUGAGUGGACAUGUCAUGUGCCUCUGUGCACCUGGCUAUGCAGGUGCUGAGGCCCAGGUCUCUUCUGCUGCCCUGCUCUCCCAGGAGGCCUUGCUCAGAGCGCAGGUCAUGACCACACUUGGAGAACCAGACAGUGUCCUGGGACAGGCCCAAGAGGCCCAGCAGAGGACAGAGUCACUGCUGUGGGAGAGAGACUGGCCCACAGGGAUAGCUAUGUGGGAGCUGAAACUGAAGGCGCUGCUGGACAAUGUCCAGAGCCUAGAACCCCAGCGUUUGAAGCUCGCUGUCAAAGCUGGGGUGGUGGCAGAACUCCUGACCCAGGUAACACUGGCCAUGGAUGUGACCCCGGCCCUGGAGCAUCUGUCUGGUGCGACUGUGGCCCUCAGGACCUGUGUGGCUCUGAGUGAUCGGCAGGUUCAGGAGGCAGAAGAACGAGCAGUUCAUGCCAUGACCCUAGCAGGGGUCCUGAGCAAGGUGGUCAGGUCCGGUGUGACGGAGUUGCAGAAGGGCACCCAGGAUCUGAUGGCCACGAUGCAGAACGCAAGAGAGCGAGUGCAGCGGGCACAAGGUGAGGCCCAAGAGCUGCUGAAGCAGAUGCAGAACAGCUGGAGCUACCUGGAGGGGUUGGAGCAGCGCUUGGCGCGAAAUGAGCGGGCACUGGAGGAGAAGGUGGCCACUCUGUGGACGUUGGAGCAACAGGCAGUAGAGCUGCUGAGGCACAUGCAGCUGUGGGCCAGUGCACAGGCCACCUGCUGA